GCGGGUCUAAACCGCCAGAAACAACACAGAAGAAGAAAGUCACUUUCUCUUCCGGUCUCCACCGGAUGUUUUGGUCUCUUGGAGCGAGGACCGCUGAGAAACAGCCAGAAUGGAGAACACAUAUAAAAUGACGGACAGAGACAUCCGGCAGAUGAUACACCUCCGUGCCACCAACGCUGACAUCUUCACCGGACGCAAGCACUCUGCGCUGAGAGGCUGGAGGGCCAUCAGGAAGGAGAUGGGCAUCCAGCGAGUGAUGACCGCCCAGCAGCUGAAGAAGAAGUGGGUCAACCUGAAACACAAGUACAGGUUGCUGAAGAACCCUCCGGUGGGCAUGCAGAUGUCCACCAGCUCAUGGCGCUGGUUCCAGCUGAUGGACGAGGCCAUGACCGGCCGCCUGGCCGGGACCGCCGCCGUCCUACGUCCGUCCGCGUCCAGUGAUGACGAGGAGGACGUCUUAGUCGCCCCGCCGCCGCCUAUGCUCCUUCUGCCCAAAGCAGAAGCGUCUUUUUCUGGACUGCCUGCGGUCGAGUCGGGGAUCGUGAAGGACGUCGGGACGCUGCGGGGCAUCCUGCAGAUCGGGGGGAGCGUCGCGGCCGAGAGCAGAACCGGGUCGCCUGCUGAGGCCGUGGCGGCCGGACGGGACGCAGAUCACUUGAGAAGCAUCGAUUGUGAGCCGGCUGUGAUAGAGGGCCCACCUGCCGUCAACAAGAGCCAGACCGCCAUACUGUUUGGCACCUUAGUGCCCGAGCAGACGGCGUCCUCCUUCGGAGGCGGCACCGGGAGGGACGGCGGGGCCACUUGUCGGCUGGAAGAGCUCCACACAGAGUGGCGAGCUCUGGAGAGAGAGCAGGCCGAGUUUGACCGAGAGCUGAUCGCUUUGGAGCGAGACAAGGAGGCGCUGAACAGAGACACGGCCGCUCUAGAGAGAGACAGAGCGGCUGUAGAGAGAGACAGGAGAGCCGUGGAGAGAGACCGAGUGGUUCUGGAACAAGACCGAGUGGUUCUGGACAGAGACCGAGUGGUUCUGGACAGAGACCGAGCGUUCCUGGACAGAGACCGAGCGUUCCUGGACAGAGACCGAGUGUUCCUGGAGAGAUCCAGAGAGGACUUGGAAAGAGAGAGAGCGCUGCUGAGGAGAGAGAGGGCCGUCCUGCAGAGGGAGGGACCAGCUGUGGACGAGGAUCCGGCCGAGGUGACCACAGAGAAGGAAGUGGUGCCGAAAACUAGGUUCCUCCAGAGGCUGAUGGCUGCGGACCUGGACCCGGACCAGCUGGAGACCAGGCAGAGACUGGUGGGUUUGUUCCAGAGGCUUGUUGAGAAGCUGUGAAUGUUGUCUGAUGGAGAACACUUUCUCACAACUAUUUCAUGUUCCGUUUUGUGUCAAUAAAGACUCAAUAUUCAUCUUUAAUAUUUUAGACAUUUCAUCUUGACUAUGUCUUGUUUUGGUGUUUGUUACAUAUUCAGUGCCAAAAGAACUCAUGUACAUAAUAAAAUAAAUUAUAAACAGCAAGUGU